GAGUAUCAGUUACCGGGUCCCGACCAAUCCCCGCGCGCUGUCAGAGCUCGAGAGGAGACGAGCAGCGGAGAGCAGACCGGAGCGAGGCAGACGCAGGGGUAAAGAAAGCGCGAGGAGCACACACCCAACCAUCUUUCUAUCCAUCCAUCGUCUAUCCUCCGUCACCCCCCCACCCUCCCCCCUACACACAGGCAGCUCUCCUCCCACCUCCUCCUCCUCCUCCUCCUUCCCUCCCCCCUCGAGGUCCUCCUGACUGCAGCUGUUUGGGUUAACCGGGGAAGGCGCGAGGCAGGAUGCGCGAUGGGACAAGCGUGCGGACACGCGCUCCUCUGCCGUAGCCAGCCGCCGUCCUCCGAGAUACGCGGUCAGCAAGUGUUUCUGCGUCCUGAGGAGAGUUCAGCUCCAGCCCUGACUACCAGACAGUCCACCACGCUGUCCGAACAACUCCAGGAUGCUUUGCUGCGGCUGGCGGCGGUUGUCGACACGCGCUCGCUUCGAGUGGCCCUCCGAGACAGCAUACAGGAGCUGCUACCCAGCACGGAGUGUGUAUGUGUCUACAUGCUGGAGGGAUACUCGAGGCUGCUGUCUGACGACCCGCCACACAAACUGCCACAGGAGGGAAAGAUCAGGAGUAUCAUAGACCAGCUGAAGCGAUGUCAGUGUGCCGGCCUUCCACCGUCCGAACUGCCAGAAAAAAACAGAAUCUGCCUCGCAGCACCGCUACCAGCACACAGGAGAGCUGUUGUCAUUCCUCUCUUGGACCAGGAGCGGGACAAGGCCAUCGCUGUUUUACUGGUGGGCUGUAAUCCACUAACUGAUCAGGAUGAACUGCAUCUCAACAUGCUGGAGAAACAUGCCUCAGUGGCGUGUGUGCGAGUGCAGGCUGUUCAGACGUCCUACCAGAGGCCUCCUCUCAGCCCCUCUCCCCAGUCCCACAAUGCACUGCUGCACCUCAACGUCUCAGAGCAGGACUACUGCGAGCUGGACCGCAACAUCCUGCAGCUCUGUGGUGAGCUCUUUGACCUUGAUGCAGCCUCCCUUCAGCUCAAAGUCAUCAAUUAUCUGCAGCAGCAGACUCAUUCUCAGUGUUGUUGUUUGCUACUGGUGUCCGAGGACAACCACCAGCUCUUCUGCCAGGUAGUUGGAGACAAAGUCCUGGAGGAGGAGAUCAGCUUCCCGCUGAUGUUCGGACGCUUUGGUCAGGUUGUGGAGAAGAAGAAGUCAAUUACCCUUCAGGACAUCAGUGCUGAGGAGCGCAGGCAGCUGUCCAGCAUGUUGGGCUGUGAGAUCUCGUCCAUGCUUUGUGUCCCAGUGGCCAGCAGGGCCACCGGUCAGGUGGUGGCGCUAGCAUGCGCCUUCAACAAGCAGGGUGGGCAGAGACACACAGAGGCAGAUGAGCAUGCAAUUCAGCACUGUUUCUGCUACACUUCAACAGUCCUCACUUCAACUUUGGCCUUCCAGAAAGAACAGAAACUCAAAGUGGAGUGCCAGGCGCUCUUGCAAGUGGCCAAGAAUCUCUUCACACACUUGGAUGAUGUGUCAGUGCUGUUACAGGAAAUUAUAGUGGAGGCCAGGAACCUCAGUGAUGCCGAGAUCUGUUCAGUGUUCCUGCUGGAUCGCCUGAGUCAUGAGCUGGUGGCAAAGGUGUUUGACGGAGGCGUGGUCAGUGACGAGGAGAACGAGUUUCGUAUCCCAGCGGAUCAGGGUAUUGCAGGUCACGUGGCGACCACCGGUCAGAUCUUGAACAUUAAGGACGCCUACUCCCACCCGCUCUUCUACCGCGGCGUGGACGACAGCACCGGCUUCAAGACCCGCAACAUCCUCUGCUUCCCCAUCAAAGAUGAGAACAACGAGGUGAUCGGGGUGGCUGAGCUGGUGAAUAAAAUGAACGGGCCGUGGUUCAACCGCUUCGACGAGGACCUGGCCACGGCUUUCUCCAUCUACUGUGGUAUAAGCAUCGCCCAUUCUCUGCUCUACAAAAGAGUCCAUGAAGCUCAGUUCAGGUCCCACUUGGCCAACGAGAUGAUGAUGUACCAUAUGAAGGUUUCAGAGGAAGAGGUGACUAAGAUCCUGGUGACGGGGGUCGAACCCGUGAUGGAGAUCCACCCCUGCUUCGCAGAGUUCACGUACACGCCUCGGUCCUUACCUGACGACGACACGCCGUUGUGCAUCCUCAGCAUGUUUGAAGACAUGGGUUUCAUCAACACAUACAAGAUUGACCUGCACACUCUCGCCAGGUUCUGUCUGAUGGUGAAGAAAGGCUACAGGGACCCUCCCUACCACAACUGGAUGCACGCCUUCUCUGUCUCACACUUCUGCUACCUGCUCUACAAAAACCUAGGGCUGUCCAACUACCUCGAGGAAAUAGAGAUCUUAGCUCUCUUUGUCUCCUGUAUGUGCCAUGACCUGGACCACCGUGGUACCAACAAUUCUUUCCAAGUUGCCUCACAAUCUGUGCUGGCUGCUCUCUACAGCUCAGAGGGAUCUGUGAUGGAGAGACAUCACUUUGCCCAGGCCAUCGCCAUCCUGAACACUCAUGGCUGCAACAUCUUUGAGAAGCUCAACAGGAAGGACUACUCGCGCAUGCUGGAUUUGAUUAGAGACGUCAUCCUGGCUACAGACCUCGCUCACCACCUUCGCAUUUUCAAGGACUUGCAGAAGAUGGCUGAUGAUGGCUACAACCCAAAACGCCGUAACCACCGCUCCUUGUUGCUGUGCCUGUUGAUGACAUCGUGCGACCUGUCGGACCAAACCAAGGGCUGGAAAACCACGCGCAAGAUUGCUGAGCUGAUUUAUAAAGAGUUCUUCUCUCAAGGAGAUCUGGAAAAAGCCAUGGGGAACAGACCCAGUGAGAUGAUGGACAGAGAGAAAGCGUACAUCCCAGAACUACAGAUAAGCUUCAUGGAACAUAUCGCCAUGCCCAUUUACAAGCUCUUAUCUGAACUGUUUCCUGGGGCCACUGAGCUGUACGAGAGAGUGGCGGCAAAUCGGGAGCAGUGGACCAAAGUGUCCCACAAGUUCACCAUCCGUGGGUUGCCUAGCAACAACAGCCUAGACUUCCUGGACCAGGAAUACGAGCUGCUGCAGUCCCAGGGGGCAUUCGGGAGCGACGACCACUGCCUCAACGGUUGCCUUGAUGAUGCGGAGGGAGGAAGGGGUCAGUGACAACAGCGGGCUGCUGACGGUUUCUUGAAGUUUUCUGAGGGCCAAUAAGAGGCUGAGGAUACCUUUUUUUAGCGGCCUGAGAGGGAGGGGUCUCUCUGCUGUCAAUCACUUAGAUGCUUAGCAGGCCAUGCAGAACGGACAGGACAAAGUUUCAAACUAAUUCAAUCAGACAGAUGAUUUGAAACGAGUGGAUCCACCUGAGCCGGUUCAGUGAUUAAGAUGCCACAUAUUGCUUGUGUCUCCAGUUCAGGAAAGCAGAAGGCGGCGGGUGACUUUUAUCUUUUUUCAGCAGCUACACUGGAAAAAUAAGUUUUUAACCACAAGUCACAAGUUCAUUCAUACAGUACUGAUCCUGAUUACGAUUGUAAAAACACACACUGACACACAUAUGUACAUGCGCAUACUGUUUUAGACACACAACGGAGAAAAAAAAAACAAUUCUUAUGGGAAAAGACUACUUCAACAUGUAACAGUGAGAUAAAGUGCUAUACUUUCUGUAAAAUGUUUCAUAAAAAGCUUAUGUUGAUUUCAACGGCUCCGCUUUGUUCACACACAAGCAGCUGCCACAGUCCCUCACCUGAUGCUUAUGAAUGCAUGCUGUAUGGACACCUCAUGUAUUAUUCCUUUUUCUCUUCGUCAGUGUUGAUUUCUCCAUGGUUAAGAAAUUAAUGCACUCCAGUUUUAUACCAUCCAAACAGAUUUUUUGUAUUCAGCUCCUCAAAAUAUAUUUAACUCAUCACCGUGGCGUCGUACAAGGGAGAUUUAUUAGCUACACGGCAUUACAACCCCUCAUGAUUCACUUUCUCUACCUUUUGGGGUGGUUUAAGGGACAAAUUGACAAUCACUGAUUAACGACAGAGUCACAGAUCCCUGGCCAUAACACCCCAUGCAUAAAUCAUUACAAAACACACACCAUGUGCAUAUUAACUGCAUUAAAUAUGCAUCUAAACCUCAAACAAAGGCCUAAAACACACCCUCAGUUUAUUUUCAUGCCAUUCGUCCCACCUCUCCUUUUUACCGUUAGUUUAGUUUACCAAUUUCCUCAUUAACCACCUAUAGAGAGCAACCGAAGCCCUUUAAAAGAUCCAUCUCAUCUGUCAGUGUAAAUGUACCAGAGUAGAGCGUGUUACACGGAGUGUGUCAUCGAGUGUGUCAUAUGGAUCUGCCUUAUUGCGCAUCUUUGCUGCCUUUCUUAGAGCUUUUAAUAUAUGAAAAAUUGAAAUAAAGAGUCUGUUUAGUAUGUAUGUUGUAUAUUUGUUAUAGACAUAGUUUGAGUAUCAAUGUGGUGAAUGAAUGAUCACAAUGCUCAAAAGACGUAUAUUUGUGAAAUACCUGUGUGAAGACCUCAGAUGUCACUUCUUACUGUUUUAAGUUAUAUAAAUAAAUAAAUAUAUAUAUACAUACAUAUAUAUAUAUACAUAUAUAUAUAUAUACAUAUAUAUAUAUAUAUAUAUAUAUACAACCACCAGUGGAUAUUAGGCAGAUACAACAGCAGUUUUUUUUUCAGUGCUCCCAGAAAUAGUUUUAAUAAAGAAGGAACUAGAGAUGUAGCCAUCAUAGAAAUUACUCUGUCCUGAAAGCAUCAACAGUUCUCAAUUGCUGCAUCCCAAAGGAAGUGAAAAUUAGUUCUCAGAUUGUGCCUCGAUAAAAAUAAAGAAUAAAAAAAAGAGGGUGGGGGGGGGCAUGGGUUUUUUGUUACAAUAUGCCAUAUUCAGUUUCACCUUAAAAUGUUUAAAAUAGGAAAUGCUGCAGAGUUCGAACAGUUAAAUGAGGAGAAACUUCUGUAAUGGACUCCGCUCCUGUACGUAGGCUGAGUGUAGGUGUGGAGGGGUGAGAGUGAGUGAGCAAAUGAGUGGAUGGACGAGUGGGUGUGUAGAUGAUAGAGAGAGAGAAAGAGAAAAGAGAGAAAGGACUGGAGGUAGAUGAGAUCAAGAGAGAGUGGGAAUGUUUAGUGUAACUAGUUUUUACAAAGUUAAUAAUGAUGCAGGCGCAAAACCUCAAGUGAUCUUGCAAGGGUGUCUUCAGUCGAUAAUGCUAAUGAAGGUAGAUAAAAGCAAAAAUAUUAAUCAAUCAUAGGAUUUAAAUAUAUAUUUUUUCUUGAAAGGGUCUCAUGAGGGUGCAUUAGGGAGGAAGGUUAAUUGGUUACAAAGUGGUUUGAUGUAUGUGUUAUACCUACAUUGGGAUAUGCAUCAGCGUGACUAGAAGGAAUCGUUUGAUCUGCCUUGGUCUGCUUCAUGGACUGAAUAUUUUUUAAAUUUCUUCAAGGGCGUACAGAUGUGUUUGUAGAAUCUCUCUCUCUCUCUCUCUCUCUCUCUCUCUCUCUCCGUCUCUCUCUCUCUCUCUCUCUCUGACGUGGUUUCCCCACUUUUAAACACACUGUUUCAUACGUACCUGCCUUUUUCAUGUGCAAUAUGAAGUGUCUGCCUCUGUGACGUUGCAUAGAUUCCUAUGUAAAUACCUAUGCCUCUUGUUAAAUUAUUAUAAGGUCUGAGUUUCCAAAGGCAUUUAAGUGUUAGAUCAUGUAUUCAUUGAGAAAAAAAAAUUAAAAUGCCUGUGGCAAUUUUAAUCCUAAAAUCCUUUUUGAGAGUCCAGACAUCAGACAGUUUUCUAUACAGAGUGUGUAUCUGUCCCUUUAUGUUUGUUUCAGAGAGUCAGGGCUUAAUGUGCCAAGCAAACAUUGUCUACUUACUGGCCAAGCUGCAAAAAAGAAAAAAGAAAAACAGGCAUACCUUCAAUUAUUUUUUGUUCUCUAAUGUUGGAGGGAAAUUUAGGGCUUUAUUUGCAUAAAUCUUUUUCUGAUACAUCACGACCUGGUCUGAAUUUGCGGCUCAUCCAGGAAGUAUGAACCUAACCAAUCUCUUUCCCAUCAUCACAGAGCAGCGGGACUCUAACCUGUGAUGUAACUUCAUCGUAAUGAUCACCUGUGACAUAAUUGUUAAAAGUGGCAAAAAUAUAAUUGCUGUAAAUAUCAAAGUUUUAAAAAGAAAAUGUUACUUGAUUGUCUGUCAUUAUUACAAUGGGAAGUAUUUCAAUUCUGUAAUGUAUUUAAAGUGGUUGCAUCUUGUUCUCUUCUUUUUUUUUUCAUGCCAUUUUUGAACAACCCCGAGCUUAGAAUUUUAGACUGAGGAGAUGAAAGAAAAGCAUAUGUGUAUUUAGGUUAUGCAUAUGAUAUUCUACGACGAAUAGGAAACCCAAAUUAAUCUGAAAUGUAUACAUGAUGCUUAUACUGAGGACUAAAUCCAGUCAUCUGUUAAUUAUUUGUUUUGUUGAGUUCUGAGUGCUGGUGGUCUUGUUCUUCCUCAGAUGUAAUGAACAAGGACAUUUUUGACAAGAAGACAAAUGGAUGAAAUUUUGAGAUUUUUUUUUUUCUUUCUUGGAAUAAAUCUGGUGAAAGGCUU